GCGGAUGUUACGACCGUUUGGCAAACUAUCGAAUCUCAAUGCUCUUUGAGUGAAUUUGCAGAGAUCUGCGUCACCAACUAGGGCGGAGCCCUUUGUGCUCAUAACUACAUUUAUUUUACGACUGCGAUUUCUGUCCUAGUUUUGUCAUUAUGCAUAUUUUUGUUAAGGCCGUCAGUGCAGUACCUAUCGCUUAGGUUUAAUUUAACGCAACAAGAACAUUUCAAACAAAACGCACACGUACACACACUCCGCAAAAAAAAGGACUCGGUAAUUUUCCAGAUCAGGUUUCUUGACUAGACUGAGUCGGCCCCAGACUGGCUGAGUGCGAACAGUCCAGCCGAGCCAAUCGAGAAGUUCCUCCGAGGAAAGGCGGUGACCGGAGCCCCGGUGACGUCAUUACUGAGUCACGCUGCGUCCUGCGAGUCGGUCAGCAACAGCCGAGGCAGCGCCAGCGAACGAGCGGCACAGAGAGACAGCGCCCUAAGCAGCAGAGACGAGGCAGCGUGGUCAGCGGCGUGCGAUUUCAGCACCUUGGACAGAGAUCCGCGAUUAUGGCGCCGGCAACUGGGGACGAGGCGCAGCUCGCCGAGGUGCCAGCAGCCGUGGGGCUCGUCAGCGUCUUCGGUCUGGUUUUUACAGUGUCUAUCUUUGCCUGGAUUUGCUGUCAGCGUAAAUCUACCAAAUCAAACAAAACACCGCCCUAUAAGUUUGUCCACAUGCUGAAGGGUGUAGACAUUUACCCAGAGAGCCUGAGCAACAAGAAGAAAUUCGGAGCCGAGGAGAAGCAAGAACUGAACUCCAAAAGUCCUUCUCCUGCUGGCGGCAAGCCCACCCUUCACCUAGACCUGGAGAAGCGAGACCUGAACGGCAACAUCACCAAAUCCCAUCCCAAAGUGCGCAGCUCUCCCGACCUGGACUUCCCCCUGUCCCAUAAAGGCUUUUCCGAGGUGGGGAAGGAGCUGGUUACUCCCGAGGGGCUAAUGGCCAACACAGAUACUUCACCCCUCGAGAAAGCAAACCAGGAAAACAAACUUGGAAUGCUGGUCUUUUCCAUCGAGUACAACUUUGAGAAAAAAGCGUUCAUUGUGAACAUCAAAGAAGCUCACGGACUGUCGGCAAUGGACGAGCAGUCCAUGACUUCAGACCCCUAUGUGAAAAUGACAAUCCUGCCAGACAAGAAGCACAGGGUGAAAACACGGGUGCUGCGCAAGACUUUGGACCCUUGUUUUGACGAGACAUUCAGCUUUUAUGGAAUCCCUUACAGCCAAGUGCAAGACCUGGGACUGCACUUCAUGAUCCUGAGUUUCGACAGGUUUUCGCGAGACGAUGUCAUCGGUGAGGUCCUCGUCCACUUAGCCGGAGUGGACCUCUCUAAAGGCGCCAUUGUGAUGAACAAAGAGAUCAUUAAGCGCAGUGCUAAGAAGUCAACAGGCCGUGGAGAGCUGCUGGUGUCCCUCUGCUACCAGUCCACCACCAGUACACUGACAGUGGUCGUGCUGAAGGCUCGCCAUCUGCCCAAAACGGAGUCAUUGGGAUUGUCAGAUCCCUAUGUGAAAGUGAACCUCUAUCAGGGGCAGAAGCGAGUGUGCAAGAAGAAGACCCACGUGAAGAAAUGCUCGCCAAAUCCCGUAUUCAAUGAGCUCUUCGUCUUUGACGUACCUGCUGAGGGUGGGCUGCAGGACACCAGUGUGGAGCUUUUGCUUCUUGAUUCUGACCGGCAGUCCCGUAAUGAAGUGAUUGGCCGGCUGCGGUUGGGCGCAAACGCAGAGGGUACUAUUGGCGAGCACUGGAGGGAGAUCUGUGAGCACCCCAGGAGACAAAUUGCCAAGUGGCACACCCUGAGUGAUUAGUAGCCGCUUGGGUCAAGCUGCCCUGCCCACUGUCGGCUGGACAAGCAUGGGCUCCUGUUACGGGAGUUACGUUCAGAUCAUGCAAUUGAGUUCGGUGUUGUGAGGAGCCUCCUGUGCAUCUGACCGACUUUGAUCCAAAGACAGUCUGGACAUUCUCAUGUCAUCACCUUCAUAUGUCUCUCUUUCUCUCUCUCUCUAUAUAUAUAUAUAUAUAUACAUGUCUGAUAGUUAUAUCGUGAACUGUUGUUGCCACGAGCCUCCUUUAUAAUAUAAAGCUGUAAACUCCAGCUCAUCAUUUUCUAUCAAUGCAAUUGUUCAAUAAUUUAUUCUUUUAUCCCUUGGCUAUUUUUACUUUUUUAUUUAUUUUCUUUUUGGCUGUGAUUUUGGUAAGAAAAGUGUUUUUGUGAUGUUGCCUGCCAGUUGGAAUACAGCCUUAAUGUGACGGGUUAAUGCAGAGUCUUGAUGUGAACUGUUCACAGUCAAAGCUCACGCAGUUUGCAGCUCACUCCUCCUCAGAAUCAAGGAAGGCCAAGCUGAGAGCAGAGCCACAAGAGGCACAAAUUAAUUAGAAUUUUAAUCGAAAGGCAAUGUUCCAGGUACAAAUGGGCGAGCAGCUGCGUACGCGGCCACACUUUUAAAUGGUUCACAUCAACACUCUUAGUCAACAACAACAAAAAAAAAAGAUGUGGGAAUUGAGAACGAUGGUGGGCCGACACAUUGCUUGAAUGAAAAUAUGUUGAUAACCUUGCCACAAGAAGUGAAAUAAAAAGCACACUGAGUACGAGAA